GCUGGCGUGUUCACACAUUUUGCCUUGUUCAUCAGUACGAGAGCCAGAGCCGAAGGCUGAGCCGGGAUAGUCGGUGUAGCCUACUACUUCAUACGCACUAAUUACACCAUCGAGUGUAGUUUUCGCUUGUUUUACAAGCCUUCCAACGUUAUAUUCAGCAGGUGAGCUUGUACGACCAGCUAGCUCCUUCUUACUCCAACUACUUCACCAACUACUUUCCUGAGUUGGAGAAAUUAACUUCUAAGAGAGACGGUGGAGGAUACGGACACAUUUCUAUGUGCGCCUACUGCUUUGAUGCGCGGACUUACUUCAGGGUUAUUAUAUUACCACUUUAUUACAGUUUUCAUUUUCAUUUUUCCUGCAUGUGAAAGGGGAGGAAAAGGAGGUGGACCCACGCACAGUCGCCGGUCUCGUGGCUUCUUUGUAUACAGCCGCAGCUGUGUGUAAAUGUAUGGGCACUGAGCGUCUACUGCUCCUUGAGAGACAGCUCACUGGGCUCAGUCCAACCUUCAUGCGGGCUUUCUUAGAAAUGAAGCGGCUGAACCAGGUGUAUUAGGGGAACAUCAGAACUUUAGCCUAACCUUUUCUGCCCAUCGCAGUAUCUCGUUUACCCCCCCACCCCCAACAAAUCCUGGGUCAGUUUCACCGCCUUUCUUCCUCUGUCUGUCUCUGAGCGCUUGGAUUGUAAACGGCAGAAACAAACAGAGCUCCGUGCAGAGUAGGCUACAGCUGCGCGGCUCCCUCAUACACCAUGGAUGUAAGAUUUUAUCCGACUGCUGGAGGAAAUUCUAUUCCAGGAGAUCCACCAAACUUGGAUUUUGCCCACUGUCUGGGCUACUACAACUUUAAUAAGUUCCAGAAUAACAACAACUACAUGAACAUGGCAGAGGCAAAUGGUGCCCUGCUUGCUGCUGGUGAUACUUUUCAUACACCCAGCUUAGGAGACGAGGAGUUUGAGAUUCCUCCCAUUACACCUCCACCUGAAACGGAGCCUGGUCUGGGUCUGUCAGAAGUGGAUUCACCUUUCCCACCACUGCCAGAGCCCCCAGCUCCACAAAGGGGUCCUUUAAUCCCCCAGUUCCCCCCUCAGAGCCUGGAUCUGCCCUCCAUUACUAUCUCACGCAACAUGAUGGACCAGGAAGGGCUGUCUGUAAACAAUGGCCAACCUGUGAAUGUGGUCCCAGGCCAUCUUCGCCAGUACCCACCCAACCCAACUGUGGUGAUGAAGUCCAUCAUCAGCAUGAACAGCCCCAAUGGGAUGAUGUCUCGGAAUCAGCUGACCACCAUCAACCAAUCCCAACUCAAUGCACAGCUGAGCCUAAACAUGGCAGGACCCAACAUCACCCAUACUUCCCCUUCUCCACCUGCCAGCAAGUCUGCCACACCUUCCCCCUCCAGCUCUAUAAAUGAAGAUGAGCAGGAUGAUGGCAACAGGGUCACUGGAGAGAAACGACCAGCUCCCAUAGAUCCCACAAAAAAACCCAAGACUCCUAAGAAGAAGAAGAAGAAGGAUCCCAAUGAGCCUCAGAAGCCAGUGUCAGCUUAUGCCCUGUUCUUUAGAGACACCCAGGCUGCCAUCAAAGGUCAGAAUCCCAAUGCCACUUUCGGAGAAGUGUCCAAGAUUGUGGCCUCCAUGUGGGAUGGUCUGGGCGAGGAGCAGAAGCAGGUUUACAAAAGCAAAACAGAAGCUGCCAAGAAAGAAUAUUUAAAAGCCCUCGCAGCAUACCGUGCUAGCCUGGUUUCCAAGGCUGCAGCAGAAUCGGCUGAGGCCCAGACUAUACGCUCCGUGCAGCAGACCCUGGCCUCCACCAGCCUUUCACCAGGCCUGGUGCUGCCUUCGCCCCUCAACCAGCACCCCUCACUGCCAUCAGCUUCCCAGGCCCUCCAACAAGCCCUACCACGGGCCAUUGCCCCAAAACCUCUGCAGAUGAGACUAGGGGGCAGUCAGAUCGUGACCUCAGUCACAGUUUCCCACCAGAACAUGUCCUCCGGGAUGCCGCAGCAGUUGCUUGGCCAGAUUGGUCCCGGAGGGGCCAUGGUGGCAGGUGCCCAGUCAACCGCAGUGUCUCAGAUGAGCCCGCCCAUGCAGCCGGUGCAGCAACAUGUGAUGCAGCAGCUUCAGCAACAGCAACAGCAGCAGCAGAUGCACCAGCACCUCCAGCACCAUCAGAUGCAGCAACAGCAGCUGCAUAGGAGGCUCUGCACCACUCGGCAGCCCCCAGCCAGCCCCACAGCUGCAACCACACCCCUCCCAAAUCCACCCUCCCAAAUCCAGGCCCACGCCCAGGUCCUGUCCCAGGUCAGCAUUUACUGA